UCUUUUGACAUCCUCGACACCAAGUUCGACAUGAUUCUAGGCAUGUCUUGGUUGCGUAGCGCCGAUCAUCCGGUGAACAUCCAUGACCGAACCGUUCACAUCCAUGAUCGGAACGGAGUGUUAGUCUCAUGUACGGUCGCAACCCUUCACACUUCGAUUGCUUGUCACGUGGUUUCCGUUGCGCGGAUUCGCGACGCCAUUGCUCGGAAUGACGUCGAGGAGAUGGGCCUUGUAUUCUUGCAUGCUCUCCCCUCGCCGGACGGACCAGCUGCGUCACCGCCGGACCCACGCAUUUCUCACCUCUUGGACGAGUAUAGAGACGUCUUCGAGGCUCCCACCGGAACGGUUCCGGAUCGGCCCAUACGUCACGGGAUCACUCUCGAGGCUGGCGCCGUCCCUCCGUGUGGAUGUAUAUAUCGCAUGAGCGAAGAGGAACUCGAGGUGCUUCACGCACAACUCGAUGAUCUUCUCGACAAGGGCUGGAUUCGCCCGAGUUGCUCGCCAUACGGUGCACCUGUUCUCUUCGUCCGGAAGAAGAACAAAGAUCUACGGUUAUGCAUCGACUAUCGGAAACUUAAUGCACAAACCGUAAAGAACGUCGGCCCUCUCCCUCAGAUUGAUGAUCUCCUUGAGCGGUUAGGCGGCGCGACGUACUUCUCGAAGUUGGAUYUGAAGUCAGGUUACCACCAGAUUGAAAUCCAGUCUCAAGACUGGUACAAGACCGUGUUCAAGACGCGGUACGGGCAUUUUGAGUGGGUCGUCAUGCCAUUUGGACUCACCAAUGCCCCCGCAACGUUUCAAGCAGCGAUGACGACUGAGUUUCGCGACUUGCUCGAUCGCAGCGUCCUCAUCUACCUUGAUGAUAUCUUGAGGGACCGAUCGGGGAGGAGGGGAAGGGGAAGCAGCGCCGGAGCGGGAUCCAGAUUGGCGGAACCGAGCGAUAGCAAACGGAAGGCGCUGGCGGGAACAGGGAAAUGGGCGAAAGAAGUCGAGCGUACGGAGGGUGCAUGGGUGCAAGCGGAGAAGACGUGGCGGGAGGACGGUGAUCAGGAAAAGGAGGGAGAAUCAGGGAGGGGGGAAGGCUUAGCAGGCGGGAAGGGAUGGCGCACGCGCAAGUGCGCGCCUGGUGGCGAGCCGCAAAUCCGAGGGCGGGGAGAAGCGGCCGGGGAUAGGCGAAUGCAGUCAGCGAGCAGCGCAGCGGGCGUUGUAACAGGCGAGCGUAGUCGGGGUCGGGUAGAAACGGGGCACCGAGGAGGUGUGGCCCGGCAAAAGGGUGCAUGCCCGGCAGCGCGGUAAACGCGCUCGGAAGGGGAGCGAGUGAGGAGGGAGUUGCGCGGGAGACGGUGCGAGUCCAGCAGCG